GGAUGCGUCCUUCUUCAAUCACGUUAUCACAGCUUGCCGUCUUAGCGAAGAUUUUGUGCCUCCUGAUGCAGGUGGUGAUGUGCGGGGCAGUGCCAUCGACGGUGCGCUCCGUGAGUCUAUACUCGGUUUGCAGCAGAGGCAAUAUUACCGUAAUGGGACGAUCGGUCAGAGCUGCACGCCGAGACGACGAGAACGAGGAAUUCCAAAAACUGACAACCCUGACGGACGACUUUCAGAUGAGGAUGUACAUCUACGCGGAAAAGAGCAAACGAUACAUUUGCUUCACCAAACGAUGGAAACUGGUUGCAGUGCCCAAGAAAAAGAGGGACAAGUUCAACUGCAUGUUCACGGAGGUGUACAGCGGGAGGUACCUGAGGUACCACUCGGUGCACAACAAGAGCCGGUACAUAGGGUUCAACAAGAGCGGGGCCCCGAUCUCGGUGAGGAACAAGCACAAGGAGUGCCUCAACUUCAUCAAGGUCAACCCGUUCUCGGGCGUCGAGCGCCACAACGAGAUCGUCGCGUCGAAGGGCGGCAUGAAGCGCAUCGUCGAGGCGCUACGGCCCGCGAGCAGACCCCACCAACCGGUGCACAGCAAAAAAGCGACGGCGUCGGGGGCGACGGGCAAACGCCGCCAGCAACAGCCGAUGAACUCCCUCGUACCCUCGGAGAGCUCGAUUCUCCAGGACAACCGGCAAAUAAUACCCCGCCACCACCACCACCGCCACAAGCACACCGGGUUGCGGCACGAGGCGGCGGAGGGGCACGAGAGGCGGCCAUCAUCGCCCCCAAUGGAGCCCAAGACCGUCAGCAGCAGUAGAGACCUGCUGCAGCUGCGGGCCGAGGCGGUGGCGGCCAACAGCAAGUAUUGAGCCGCCGCCCGGCGGCUCGUCGAUCAAGACUGCAGCCUCAGCCGCGCGAGCCGGGCCAUCAGCCGCAGCAGUAGGGGGCUGGCGCUCGGAUUGGUCAGCGCGGCGCUCGCUUGGGCCCGGACCUCCUGAGCAUCAUCAUAACUAUACACGUGAUCAGCAGCAGCAGCAGCGGACGAGAAGCCGGACUACGUAAUAAUACAUAGGGUGUACUUACUACUUGUUAGGAAUGAAUUUUCACAAGAGAAGAGACUUGGGGGAGGCCGCGAGCGAGCCACUCUCUACCACCUACUAUUAUUAUUAUUAUUAUUAUUAUUAUUAUUAUUAUUAUCAUCAUUACUAUUAAUAAUAUACUUAUAUAUACAUACAUCUAUCAUAUUGACACUCACUUAUAGGCACUCUUGCUUUAUACCUUAUCGCGGGUAUCAUCGGAUCGUAUGUAUGAACAAAGAAAAAAGAAAAAAAAUACAUAUAUGUGU